ACAGAAAACUUCUCAGAGUUUCUUCGGAGAGAGUCGGUGCGACGCGGCAACGUUCGUUUCGAUGUCUCUUCUUGGCGCCAUGAAACCAAUCACCUGAAGCUCCUGCUCCUCGUCCUCUCUCUCUCUCUCUCUCCAAUGGGAGUGCAAGGCCUCUGGGAGCUUCUUGCUCCGGUGGGUCGCCGAGUCUCCGUGGAAACACUUGCAGGAAGAAAGCUCGCCAUCGACGCGAGCAUAUGGAUGGUGCAGUUCAUGAAGGCGAUGAGGGACGAGCGCGGAGAGAUGAUCAAGAACGCCCACGUUCUGGGGUUCUUCCGUCGGAUUUGUAAGCUUCUCUUCCUCCGGACCAAGCCCGUGUUCGUAUUCGACGGCGGCACCCCGGCCCUUAAGCGCCGGACUGUCAUCGCCCGGAAGCGGUUGCGCGAGAAGGCCCACGCCAAGAUCCGGAAGACGGCCGAGAAGCUUUUGCUCAGCCACCUUAAGGCGCGGAAAUUGGAAGAAUUGGUGGAAGAGAUGAAGAAUCGGACGAGCGGCAAUGACGAUCCUAAGGGGAAAGGUGUCAUCGACGGGGACGAUUCAGUGCGAGAGAGUUCCAAGGGGGCACGGGGUAUUCCUAAUCAAGAAACCCUAGAUGCAAUGCUGGCAGCAUCCCUUGCUGCAGAAGAGGAUGGCCGGUUUGAUGGGAUUGCAUCUACAUCUGCUUGCGGAGGCAUUGAAGCUGAAGAUGCAAGUGACGAAGAGGAGAUGAUCUAUCCGGUAGGUCAAGGAAAAGUUGAUCCAACAGUUUUGGCUGCUCUUCCUCCCUCGGUGCAAUUGGAUCUUCUUGUUCAGAUGAGAGAACAACUAAUGGCAGAAAACAGGCAGAAGUAUGAAAAAGCAAAGAAGGCACCAGAAAAAUUUUCUGAGCUGCAAAUACAAGCUUAUCUAAAAACUGUUGCAUUUCGCCGAGAGAUAGAUGAAGUUCAAAAGUCUGCUGGUGGAAAGGGAGUUGGAGGCAUUUCAUCUUCCCGGAUUGCUUCUGAACCAAACCGGGAAUUUAUAUUUUCGACAUCCUUUACUGGUGAUAAACAACUUUUGACAUCAUUUGGAGUUGAUAACGAUAGAGGUAUUAAGAAUCCAACUGAAGGAAACAAUUUACCAGCUUCAGCUGCUUCUGGACAUGUUUCUUCUGCAGCACAAGGAAAUAGUGCUAGGGCCGUCGUUGGUGAUGAAUCUGGGAAAGGUUUUGGUUAUGGAGUUGAAACAUAUACAGAUGAGCAGGGGCGGGUUCGUGUAAGUAGGCACAGGAGCUUGGGAAUCCGUAUGACACGGGACUUGCAAUGGAAUUUAGAUAUGAUGAAAGAAAUGGAGAAAAGAAAUAUAAGUGAAGCGGGUAAGUUGACUGUGAAUGCAGAAGGACCUGUAGGGAGAGAAUGUCCUGGAAACGUGCAUCAUUCAGGUGGUACCCUGGAGGAGGGCAGUGGACUUAGACCGGCUAACUUGGAGAAGGUUGUCGAACAACUUACGGAAGGAAGUAAUCAUUGUUUGAUGGAAACUCCUAGUGGAAGCAGAAGCCCUCUCCAGAUAUCAUUCUUCGAAGAUGAACUCAAUGAUGAUGAUGGUGAUCUGUUUACAAAUUUAGUUGCUGAUACUGUAGCUUCAGAUGAUCAUUUGGAAAACGUUCAUCCAGCCACUGGUUUGACACAUCCUGAUCCUGUUUGUUCUGCAAGUAGGAGCAUGGAGCACCACCACUUACUGAAUAGCCAGGAUCUGAAUGAUGGUGUAAGAAUGGAAAGUUGUAACAAGCAAGUAGCAGUUAAAUGUAGUAGUGAUGAUGAGGAGGUGGACUGGGAGGAUGCACCUCCCCAACAUCCGCCCCCUCCAGUUGACGAUGCUUCCAGAGCCAGCAAAGAAGAAGAAGCUGAUAUCCAGGAAGCAAUUAGGCGAAGUCUAGAUGACUAUGGAGUAAAAACCUCCAAGGGCCUUAAAUGUAGUAGUGAUGAUGAGGAGGUGGACUGGGAGGAUGCACCUCCCCAACAUCCGCCCCCUCCAGUUGACGAUGCUUUCAGAGCCAGCAAAGAAGAAGAAGCUGAUAUCCAGGAAGCAAUUAGGCGAAGUCUAGAUGACUAUGGAGUAAAAACCUCCAAGGGCCUUGAAGUUUCAAAUUCAGAAUUUCAAAGUAGUCAGGCUGAUGAUAAGAAGAUGGGUCUUUCAUUAGAUAGCUCCAUGGAUGUUGAUAAUUCUACUGAAGCGUCUGAGAUUGAGACAUCCAAGGACGCAAGGAAAGAACUGACAUCAUUGAAUUGUAUUAAUGGAUUUAAAAGGGGCACCUCUGAUUCUUCUGAUACAGUCUUGGUAUCAUCAAUUUCACGUGCACCUAGAAUUGAUAAGAAACCAUGCUUGCUUGAUGAUCAAUCUGAAAUUUGUCAACCAUCUGAAGCUUCAACUGGAGGUGAGAUGACUUUUGAGAACAGGAUUGCUGUACCAGAUGGAUUUAUAGGCGCAGUUCUUAGUCCACCUGCAACCUCAGAAUCACAAGAAACUGAGAUGGAGAAAGAGCAUUUUCUUGAUGCUAAGGUAAGAGAAGGGUCAGCCUUGAUGAGAUCAGUAAAUGAUGCUUCUACAAUUAGCUCUGAAAAGUCAGGGAAUGUUGUAAGAAAUGCCUUGGAUGCUUAUGUGGAGAGUGGCUUGAAAAAGGAUUCUUGUGAUGCUCCUUCUCUCACUUCUGAAUCAGAAAUUUGUUGUGUUCGCUUGCAUGAGCAUGCUCAUAGCGAGGCGGCUAAUGCUGUCUGUGAUGAAAAGCUUCAUGAUGAUCUUGUUGUUGAAGAAACGGUUAUCCAACCAAGCUUAGGUGAUGAAAUGGCACGUUUGAGACAAGAGCAGAUGAGUCUAGGAGAUGAACAGCGAAAGCUUGAAAGAAAUGCUGAAUCUGUAACUAAUGAAAUGUUUUCCGAGUGUCAGGAACUACUCCAAAUGUUUGGUCUGCCAUAUAUCAUUGCACCUAUGGAGGCAGAAGCACAGUGUGCUUAUAUGGAGCUUAUAGGUCUUGUUGAUGGUGUUGUAACUGACGAUUCUGAUGCUUUCUUGUUUGGAGCUAGAAAUGUGUACAAGAAUAUAUUUGAUGACCGCAAGUAUGUAGAGACAUACUUCAUGAAGGACAUAGAGGCUGAAUUGGGAUUGACGAGGGAAAAACUGGUUCGCAUGGCGUUACUUCUUGGAAGUGAUUAUACUGAAGGUGUCAGUGGCAUUGGUAUUGUUAAUGCAAUUGAAGUAGUACAUGCAUUCCCAGAAGAGGAUGGUCUUCAGAAUUUUAGGGAAUGGUUUGAUUCUCCAGACCCAUCAAUUGUGGAGAAGGUACAUUCUGAUAAUGGAAAGGCUUCAAGGAAGAAAUCAUCAAAAGAAAGCAGCAGCAGCGAUGACUUUAAAGCCAAUGCAGAUACCUUCGCAGUUGAUGAUAAUGUUCUUCAAAGCCAUCAGAAUGAACUCCAUGAAAGCAGUAUCCCAAAGCUGAAGGAGAUAUUCAUGGAAAAGCAUAGAAAUGUGAGCAAGAACUGGCAUAUGCCACCAUCCUUUCCAAGUGAACCAGUCAUAUCUGCUUACAUGUCUCCACAAAUUGACAAGUCAUCAGAACCCUUCUCAUGGGGGAAGCCUGAUCUCUCUGAACUUCGCAAGUUGUGUUGGGAAAAGUUUGGGUGGGCUAACCAGAAGGCAGAUGAAUUGCUCCUUCCUGUUUUAAAGGAGUACAACAGACAUGAGACACAAUUAAGGUUGGAGGCUUUUUAUACGUUCAAUGAGAGAUUUGCAAAAAUUCGUAGUCAGAGGAUUCAAAAGGCAGUUAAGGGUUUGACUGGUAAAAGAUCAUCACAUUUGAUGGUUGAUUCUGGAACCGUGGAGGAUGACCGUGCCAUGGCUUCUGAAGGAAAUGGUGAUUCUGGUGCAAAGGAAAUUAAGGGCUUUAAUAGGCAGUCUGUGAAGCAAGCAACUGGACGUGAAACUAAAAGUAAAUCCGCACGUGCUGGGUUGGUGGGAUCAGAAGCUUCUGCAGAGCGUGAAGAUAAAUAUGUCGUUGGUUCCAGUGAUUCUGUCGCAAACGAGUGGAAGGACUCCCACAGGCAAGCUUUGAAGCAGCCAAACAUAAGUGGAACCAAAAGGAAGUCUGUAGAGGCUGGGCUGGUAGGAUCAGAAACGUGCAGUGAGAGUGAAGAGUGUCAAAGUAACAAAAUGAAAUCCCCAAAACAACGAAGAGGAGUCAGGGGCAAGAUGCAAAAGAAAUAUGCUGGUAAUGCCAAUGUUGAUCGUUUUCAAGAUGUUAAAGUUAGACAACUGUCCAACCCACGGCGAUCGGGGAGGUCUCGGAAGCCUGUGGUGUAUUCGGUGGAUGAUGUAGAUAGUGAAAGUCCUUCAUCACAGGAAAAAUACAACCAUCUGGAUGACACUAAUCAAGAACCUUUCUCCGAUGAGGACUUCGGGAAGAAGGAUUCUGCUGAAGCUCGUCCGGAUGACAACAGUCCCAGAGAGUACCUGUUCACAGGGGGUGGAUUCUGCUUAGAUGAAGACGAUUCAAAUGUGUCUGAUCUAAACGAGAUUUCUCACGAGAAGUUGCUAGAUGGUGGUCCAUCUAUCAUCUCCUCCGUGGAUACCGAGCAAAUUGAGGUAGAAAAUUUACAGAAACAACAGGAACUUGGUGGAGAUCCUGCUGCCUGCAAACCUGGAAGCAAUGAAACAACAGAGCUUCAUACUCUCCAAUCUGAUGUCAAUCUGAGGGCUCUGCCAUCCUUGAGAAGGCGAAGAAAACCAGCAUAAUCUGUAUAUUGUCUAGUAAAAUGCAUGUGACAUACGUAUAAUUAUUGAAUAAAAGUGCAAUAACAUACUA